GUGCGCUCCCGGGUUCCCCGCAGUGCGCGCCGCGCGCCCCUGCCCGCCUGCCUGCCUCCUAUCUGAACCGCCUUCCGGACACCACCUCGUCCCUGCGCCCCGCUCCCUGCAGUUUUGGCUACUCGGGUCGAGCAGAAGAUGCCCAGGGUCUCCGGGGCGCGCCCUCCUGCCCCGCGCAGCUGCGCCCAGCUUUAGAAGGGGCCGGAGCAGGCACUCACUCUACGCUCCAGCCAACACACCCCCCCUGCCUCAGUCUGCGGGGAGACCGCGCCCCGGGCCGUCCUCCGGUGGGGUUGAGGACCCAGUGGUCGUGUCCCUCAUGGCCAAGCCUCAGCCGCUGGUUCUCUGCUUCGCUCUGCUUGUGGCACGAGUCUGGGGGGUCAGCACUCCCCGCGCAGGGACGAACGAUUCCCCAGAUGCGCAGACCGUGGCGCCCACAGAAGAUGAGACUCUGCAGAAUGAGGCGGACAACCAGGAGAACGUUUUAUCUCAGCUGCUGGGAGACUACGACAAGGUCAAGGCCGUGUCUGAGGGCUCUGACUGUCAGUGCAAGUGUGUGGUGAGACCUCUGGGCCGAGAUGCGUGCCAGAGGAUCAAUGAAGGCACCUCCAGGAAGGAAGACUUCUACACUGUGGAAACCGUCACGUCUGGCUCAUCUUGCAAAUGUGCUUGUGUCGCUCCCCCAUCCGCCCUCAAUCCCUGUGAGGGGGACUUCAGACUGCAGAAGCUUCGGGAGGCAGAUAGCCGAGACCUGAAGCUCUCCACAAUCAUAGACAUGCUGGAAGGUGCUUUCUAUGGGCUGGAUCUCCUGAAGCUGCAUUCAGUCACCACCAAACUGGUGGGGAGGGUGGAUAAACUGGAAGAGGAAGUUUCUAAAAACCUCACCAAGGAAAAUGAGCAAAUCAAAGAGGACAUGGAAGAAAUUCGAACUGAGAUGAACAAGCAUGGCAAAGCAAACUGCUCUGAUAACAUCCUAGACAGCAUGCCAGACAUCCGUGCAGCCCUGCAGAGGGACGCGGCAGCUGCCUACGCCCACCCCGAGUAUGAAGAGCGGUUUCUGCAGGAGGAGACCGUGUCCCAGCAGAUCAACUCCAUCCAGCUCCUGCAGACGCAACCCCUGUCCCCGCCUAAGGUGGUGAAGCCACAGCGGCCUCUGCAGAGGCGGGUCCACCUGAGGGGCCGGCCGGCCUCCAGGCCCACCGUCAUCCGGGGCAUCACCUAUUAUAAAGCCAAGGUCUCCGAGGAAGAGAACGACAUCGAAGAGCAGCAAGAUGAGCUUUUCAGUGGUGAAAAUGGAGUGGAUUUGCUGAUUGAAGACCAGCUCCUGAGACACGAUGACCUGCUGACCAGUCCCAUCCAGAGGCCAAGAGCCACCCAUCACAGUGCUGUUGUGACAACUGCCCCAAGUGUGCAGACCACACCCCAGUCCUCAUCGUCCAGCUCCACUGACCCUGCUCUCCAGGCCUCAGUGGGACAACUCUCGCCAACACUUCGUACCACACUGAAAUUCCCAGAUUCCUCAAGAGAGGCACCUUCUGCUCAGGUCCCCUCUACCACCAUGGCCCACACAGCUACCCAGCUACCUCCAGCCUCAGCUGCCCCAGCUCCUUUAGAUGCAUUUGUGGAAGUAAUAUACACGGCCCCAGUGCCUCCCACCACAGUCAGGACAGAUUCGCCGGGGAAGGAGGCAACUGCUGGACAGGGGACGGCCCCAGCCAGCCCCACCCUGACCCCCGAGGAAGAAGAUGACAUCCGGAAUGUCAUAGGAAGGUGCAAGGACACCCUCUCCAUGAUCACAGGACCGACUACCCAGAACACAUACGGGCGGAAUGAAGGGGCCUGGAUGAAGGACCCCCUAGCCGAGGAUGAGCGAAUCUAUGUAACCAACUAUUACUAUGGCAACACCCUGGUAGAGUUCCGGAACCUGGAGAACUUCAAACAAGGUCGCUGGAGCAAUUCCUACAAGCUCCCAUACAGCUGGAUCGGCACCGGCCACGUGGUGUACAAUGGCGCCUUCUUUUACAACCGGGCCUUCACUCGUAACAUCAUCAAGUAUGACCUGAAGCAGCGCUACGUGGCUGCCUGGGCCAUGCUCCAUGACGUGGCCUAUGAGGAGGCCACGCCCUGGCGGUGGCAGGGCCACUCAGACGUGGACUUUGCUGUGGACGAGAAUGGCCUGUGGCUCAUCUAUCCUGCCCUGGAUGAUGAGGGCUUCAGCCAGGAGGUGAUCGUCCUGAGUAAGCUCAAUGCCGUGGACCUGAGCACACAGAAAGAAACCACUUGGCGCACAGGGCUGCGGCGGAAUUUCUACGGUAACUGCUUCGUCAUCUGCGGGGUGCUGUAUGCUGUAGACAGCUACAACCAGCGAAACGCCAACAUCUCCUACGCCUUCGACACCCACACCAACACACAGAUAGUCCCUCGGUUGCUGUUUGAGAAUGAGUAUUCUUACACCACCCAGAUAGACUACAACCCCAAGGACCGCCUCCUCUAUGCCUGGGACAAUGGCCACCAGGUCACCUACCACGUCAUCUUUGCCUACUGACACCCUAGUCCCCGGGAAAAGAAGCAAAGAGGGGCCGCUAGCACCUUGUGUGUGUGUGCGUGGGUGUAUGUGCAUGUGCGUGAGUGUGCAGGUGGGUAUGUGUUGUUUAAAAUAUAUAUUAUUUUGUAUAAUAUUACAAAUGUAAAAUAGACAGUUUGGGUCUAUUUUUUUUUUUAAUGUGGAUUGUAGAUCAAUCCAUACGCAUAUGUGCUGGUCUCACCCUCCACAGUUUAUAUUUUUGCGCAAAUGAACGUCUCCUUUUGACCAGUAGCCCCUUCCCUUGGUGGCCCCCACCCCUCCAGCUCCCAGGUCUCAGCUGUUGCAGGUUUCUUCAUCCAGGUCUUGCAGCAGACAGUGCCAGGGCAGGAGUAAAGGAGGAAAGUGGCAGGAAAAGUUUCAUGUAUUGGAGAAGUUCUAAAAACCCAGAGAAAUGCUUUUUUUUUUUUUUUAAAUAAAG